AUGGUCCUGGAAGACAGCACGGCCACCACUCAAAGCUCUAGGUCAGAGCAGCCUACUUGUGUCAUUUGGGGAUGUCGGCUAGAUGGUAAGAACCCGAACUACACAUUUGAUAUUCCAGAAGAGGAGGCAUAUGAGCAGCAGCUGUCCCUGAGGACAGUCUGCCUAGGGGAAAAUGCAAGGGAUGAACUCAAUAUGGUGGAGAUCUUGCCCCCCAAAGAUAGCAAGCCAUCUACUGCAGUGCACAUAGCAACCUUGAAACUUUCUGUGCUUCCAAUGGUUUCCUUAAUGGGACUUGACCUGGCUCUUCCUGUCACAUUCAGGCUAAAAUCAGGCUCUGGGCCAGUCUACCUUGCCGGACAAUAUUUAUCAGUUGGUCCCCCUUUGGACGAGGAUGAAGAUCAGGAAGAGUCCUCUAAUGAAGAAGAGGAGAUGGAGGCUUCUUCCAAGGAAAACCUGUCAACAAAGACAGAUGAGAUGGAGGCUUCUCCUGUAAAACCUGUCAAAGCCCAAUCUAGCAAGCAGGCAAGCACAUCGAAGGAAGAGCCACCACAGCCUGUUCAGGAGGACUCUCUGGGGAGAAGAGGAAGCAGAGGGGGGAAGGCUGCAAACAAGGGACAACUGCGAUUAUAAGUUCUGAUGGAAGGAACCGAAAGAAGUGCUGGGUCUAUUUAGCAGAGCUCAGAAGAAAUAAAAUGUGCAUAAUGU